AGAAGCCAGGUGAUGCCACUGAUGGCGUCAAUGAAGGACAGCGACACUGGCCUGUGGCUUCACAACAAACUGGGCUCUACGGACGAGCUGUGGACACCACCGAGCAUCGCGUCGCUCCUUACUGUGUCGGUCAUCGACAACAUACGCCUGUGUUUCUCAAGCUUGUCGCCGCCCGUCAAGCUCAAAUUGCUUCUCGGGAUGCUGCAUCUCCCCCGACGGACCGUGGACGAGAUGAAGGAGGCCCUCUCCGAGAUAAUCCAGUUGGCCACGGUGGACUCUGAGCCGUGGGUGCUGAUGGUCGCAGACAUUCUCAAGUCCUUCCCGGAGACGGGCUCCCUCAAUCUGGAUUUGGAGGAGCAGAAUCCAAACGUGCAGGACAUCCUCGGCGAGCUCAGGGAGAAAGUUGGGGAGUGCGAGGCGUCCGCCAUGCUUCCUUUGGAGUGCCAGUACCUAAACAAGAGCGCGUUGACCACACUGGUGGGACCUCUCACGCCCCCCGUUAAACAUUUCCAGCUGAAGAGGAAGCCCAAGAGUGCCACGCUGAGAGCCGAGCUGUUGCAGAAAUCCACCGAGACCGCACAGCAGCUGAAGAAGACCGCCGGAGUGCCUUUUCAUGCCAAAGGGAGAGGUUUAGUCAAAAAGAUCGACACCACCACCCCCCUCAAGGGGAUUCCCAAGGCGCCGUUUCGCAGCCCCACAGCUCCAAGCAUGUUCAGCCCCCCGAGCAACCGAACGCCCAUUGCCCCGGCGCGCACACCUCUGCGCAAAGAACGCGGCGUCAAGUUGCUGGAUAUCAAAGAGCUGAACAUGGUCGGGGCCGGAAGAGAGGCCAAGAGGCGAAGAAAGACUCUGGACACGGAGGCGGAUGAGAAAGCAGCCAAAGAAGAAGCGGUGGUGGAGAACACCACACCGGACUAUGCCGCAGGCCUCGUCUCUGCACAGAAACUCGGGGCGCUGAACGAAAACCCGCUCCCGUCCACCAGCUACCUGCCGGCCACGCCCAGCAUGGUUCCCUCCUCCUCCUACAUUCCCAGCUCCGAGGCCCAGCCAGCAAACGCCGGCUGGGACACGCUGCAGUCGGCUCGCCAACCGGAGGAGUCGGCGACGGCGGGCGCGGGCGCCCCCGCCGCCUCGCUCCCGGGCCAGUACAAGCAGAGGACGCCCAUGUACAACGCCAGCACGGCGGCGAACCCGGCCACGCCCGCGUCGCCCAGCACGCCGGCUUCCACUCCGGCCAGCAACGGGCCGGCGGCGGCCGCCACCGCCGGCCAGCCCGAGACGCCCGCUCAGCCCCCCGGCACGCCUCAGACCCCGACGCCCGCCCCUGCGCCCACGCCGCCGCAACCUCAACCCAAAAAGAAUCUCUCGCUGACGAGGGACCAGAUGUAUGCUGCUCAGGAGAUGUUCAAGACGGCCAACAAGGUCACCAGACCUGAGAAGGCCCUCAUCUUGGGCUUCAUGGCAGGAUCCAGAGAGAACCCGUGCCCGGAGCAGGGCGACAUCAUCCAGAUCAAGCUGAGCGAGCACACGGAAGUGUUGCCCAAGGCGGACGGCACGGGCAGCACCACCAUGCUGGUGGACACGGUCUUCGAAAUGAACUACUCCACGGGUCAGUGGACCCGGCUGAAAAAGUACAAGCCCAUCACCAACACCUCGUGAGGAGGCGCAACAGGUGGACUCCACUCGCUCUCACCACCCCAUUCGCUCGCGUUCACACGUUGCCACUCGGGCCCAAACGAGCCGGCGGCAGGAGAGAAGGUCCUUCCUCCCGCGCACGCACGCACGAAGGAUAUCUUUGCAUUCAGCCCCCCCCCCCCCCCCCCACCUCAUUUAGUCCUGGCAGCUGUGUGACACACCGAGCCGUUCACCAUUUAGUUUUUUCUCCCGCCCACCCCCCACACACACACCCCCUGACGCAAGGAAAGAAAAUAAAAUGACUGCAGACUGUUCAGACUUUUUUUUUCAUGUCAUUUUAUUUGUAGCCCAAAAGCACGGCAGUUGAUUUGCACUCACACAACCGACGUUGUAAAAUGGAUUCCCAAGGCUGUGAUGUUGUGCCGCCGCGCAGCCAAUUUCAAUAUCUUUAAACGAUGAACGUGCAAUAAGUCAUACGACAAAUAAUGCCCGCGCGUGCACGCACAGCGAGUUACAUUGAAAUUCGAUGGUUUCAGGAAGUACUACCGGUGCCGUGUUUUUGUGUCAAAUGAAGUCGCCGCCUGCGUACGUUUGGCAAUCAUCUUGGACGAGGAACAUUCGGCAUUGCUCCACUUUUAAGUCCCACCUCCCACCAAUCGGCACAAAUGUCCUUAAAAGAUUCGAAAUCAUUGAAUCGGCCCAAGUGUUUUGAUUCGAGCAAAUGAGCACGCUCUCGGAGCACUUUCGCAAAUAGUGAAAAAAUGAACCCCC